CCGCGGCGGCCGCGGCCGCGCGUCUCCGCGUGUCUCCGCGUGUGCGUGGCCUGCGCAGGUACCGGUACCUGUCCCUGCGCGUCCUGCACACACACCUGCACAGCCGCCCCGCACGCCCGCGGCAUGCUGGCGCUCAGCGCCGCACGCCGCCUGCUCCGCUCGCCCGGGGACUUGCUGCUGCCGCUGCCGCCGCCGGGGCUCGCCUGCAUGUGGGCUGCCGGUGCCCGCGGCUGCAGCGCGGCCGCCGCCGACCCGCCGAACCCGGUGGUGUACUUGGACGUGGGCGCCGAUAACCAGCCGCUGGGACGCGUCGUGCUGGAGCUGAAAGCUGACGUAGUUCCUAAGACAGCAGAAAACUUUAGAGCUCUUUGUACCGGUGAAAAAGGAUUCGGCUAUAAAGGAUCCACCUUUCACAGAGUGAUUCCUUCAUUUAUGUGCCAGGGUGGUGACUUCACAAAUCACAACGGAACUGGUGGAAAAUCCAUUUAUGGCAGUCGGUUUCCAGAUGAAAAUUUCAUACUGAAGCAUGUAGGACCUGGUGUUCUUUCAAUGGCCAAUGCAGGACCCAACACAAAUGGAUCUCAGUUCUUCAUUUGCACUGCCAAAACUGAUUGGCUUGAUGGCAAACAUGUUGUUUUUGGACAUGUAAAGGAAGGAAUGGAUGUCGUGAAAAAAAUUGAGAGCUUUGGUUCCAAGAGUGGAAAAACCUCCAAAAAGAUUGUCAUUACUGACUGUGGCCAGCUGUCCUAGCCUUUGGCCCUUCCCUUCAGGACAACCUCAAUGCUGUGAAAAGUGAAUCAUGGAAAGCACCAAACAUUUCCGAUCCCUUGAGUAGCACCUAUGGAGCCAUCUUUUCUAUUUAACUUGGUCUAAUUUUUAUAUUUGCAUUGAAUAAUAAUGAUUAAAAGCAUAAAACAAUAACUGAA